AGCCCGUAUUCCACUCACUUUGUUCUCCGCCUUUGUCCUAAUCCACACCAGCAGGUGGAGCCGCAGUUAAAGUUUCCGAGUCCAUUCCGGGAGCGGGAGCCCAUCUUGCUGGCUGCCGAGGCCCUUGCUGGAGGAGGAGGGUCAGAGCUCCGGUGCAGCCAAUCGCGGCCAACGCUGCUAGUUAUCCGAGCAGAAUGGGCUGUAGUUUAGUGAAAUAGGAAAGCUGCAAAAACACUGUGAGUGCUGCCGUGUAAAUAAAAAGGAAAAAAAGUUUCUCAAGUCGCCACUGCACGACGUCGGGCCGGCACCGGGGCGGGGGUCUGCGCUCACCCGAGCGGCCGCACGCUGGACUUUAUUGUGCCGCAACAAGCCCCGUCCCCAUUGUUUGUUUUUCAAAAUAUGGCAAAGGUUCAGGUGAACAAUGUAGUGGUGCUGGAUAACCCUUCUCCUUUCUACAACCCGUUCCAGUUCGAGAUCACCUUCGAGUGCAUCGAGGACCUGUCUGAAGACCUGGAAUGGAAAAUUAUCUAUGUGGGCUCUGCAGAAAGUGAAGAGUACGAUCAAGUUUUAGACUCUGUUUUAGUGGGACCUGUUCCUGCAGGAAGGCAUAUGUUUGUAUUUCAGGCUGAUGCACCUAACCCAGGACUCAUUCCAGAUGCAGACGCAGUAGGUGUAACAGUUGUGCUAAUUACCUGCACCUAUCGAGGUCAAGAAUUUAUUAGAGUUGGCUAUUAUGUAAAUAAUGAAUAUACUGAGACAGAAUUAAGGGAAAAUCCACCAGUAAAACCAGACUUUUCUAAGCUUCAAAGGAACAUUUUGGCGUCUAAUCCCAGGGUCACAAGAUUCCACAUUAAUUGGGAAGAUAACACAGAAAAACUGGAAGAUGCAGAGAGCAGUAAUCCAAAUCUACAGUCACUUCUUUCAACAGAUGCCUUGCCUUCAGCAUCAAAGGGAUGGUCCACGUCAGAAAACUCACUAAAUGUCAUGUUAGAAUCCCACAUGGACUGCAUGUGACCACCUGCCAUCCCUUUAGUACAAAUUAAGCUAUAAAAACACAGAACUAUUUCCCUGAAAUUCCGUAAGUACAUAGUCAAGAUACAAUGUGAAGAAUUUGUUUAAAAAUCAUCCUGUAGAAAAGUUUAUAAGAAAACCAGUAUUUGAGCAAAUUGUGGAAUAUAAAUACAACUAUUUUUAAGUAAUUUUUUUCUCUAAUGUGUUAUUUUGUUUUGAAACUAAUCUGAUUAAAGUAUAUAUAUUAUUUUCUUCUCUAUAAUAUAAUUAAAGGACUUAUAAAGAAAAAUAUGAACUCUAGACCAGGUUGUAAAGAUGUCUUAGCAUUUUGGACAAUAAUCUUGUGGGUCACUAUUUUACUGGCCUUCAAAAGAACAAAGUUCACUUAAACUAAAAUAUUUUCCCUGUGAAAACAUAUAAAAACCAAAAACCUAUAGUAUGGUUUAAUUUAAGGGGCAAGUUUCCAUUCUUCUUUGGCAUGUCCUUAAAAAGGAAAUGUGAAAUCAACUUUGUGCUACCAAGAACUUUAAGACCUGCUUUCCCAGGUCACUCUGAAACCUCUUAUGGCUACUACUGCAGUUCACGUGAUGUUGCACAGCAUUUGGUUUGGUUUCUAAUAUAAUACAAAUGUGGUUAAUUGUUUAUAAGGUCCUCUGGUUAUGGUUUUUAUUUUUAUACCAGUUUAGGACAUCAGAGCACUCCCUGAAUCAUAUUACCAUUAUUACCCAAUGAAUUCAACAUGUCAAAAGCAAAUACAAACUCCCUAAGUUUAAAAACAGAUUUUAAUGGCUCAAGUCUGUUCAUUAGAUUUAUAAAAAUACUAUGAAUUUGGCUUCUUUAAAAUUGUUUUGAUACGUCAUCCCUUGCUGGCAUCAUUUAUAUAAAAUCUGGAUUUAGAAAGACAUAUUUAGCUUUGUCAUAAUAAGCAAGUUACUGUUUUGGAAAUACAUAUUUUCCCACCUGUAGUACUGUUUACCAUAUUCCCUGACACUCAUGUAGAAUAAUACUAGGCAUAUUUUUGGUGGACAUACUCUAGACAGUUCUUUCAGAUAAAUUUUUUUAAAAGCAAUCUUGGAAAGGAGUCUGUUAACUAAAUGGGUCAGAAGGUUCUUUUUCUUUGUUGAGAGCUAGGUCCUUUCUCAAAAAGUUUCUUCUGCUCCAUUAAGUGUAGACUAUUUUCAUUACUCUUGCUGCUGAGCAAGGCAUUAGCCAUAUGAAGCAAAGUUACGCAGUGCCUUCAUAUCUAAAACUUAUGCUGCAUUGUUGAAAGCUUUUAUUUUAAGGAACAGGAAAAGACAUUUGGCUAAACAUGGAUUCUUAGUUGUACAUAUUCCCUAUCAUAAUUAAAAAAGUGAGUUUGUGAGGCAAAAUUUUGCUAAAUGUUAAACUUUAAUAUACCAGAUUAUUAAACUGUUAUCCAUUAACUAGUUCAUAGAUUUGAAAAGUAAAAUAUAUCCAAAUCUUAAAACCAUAUAAAUCUUUGGUCUAAUUGUAAUUAAAAGAAAAUAUUAAAAUAUUACUUAAAAUGAAAAUAAAAGUAAUACUCCCCAAGAGUCCAGUAAUUGAUAUAACAGGAACAAGGUACGUGCUUGUUAAAAUAUAGCACAUAAGCCAAAUUAUCAAGUAAAGCAAUUCACUGCUGAGUUUUUAUUUGAUUAAUUAUAAUGAUUAGUUUGUAUUAACAUUAAAGGGUUAAGUUCUUAUAUCAAUUUGUAAAUGGGCAGCCAAUUUUCAUAGAAGUUUGGGACCUAUACAUUCACUUUAAAAACUCUUACCUGUUAUUAUUUUAAAUGUUUUGACUCUAUAAUUUUUAGAUGUAAAUUAAUUAAUGACUAAAAAUAAGAAAGAUUUAGAAUUCAAACAUUAAGAACUAAGAAACUGGAUAGCACAUAGCCCUAUUUGGCCUCAUUUACAGAUACUACAUGCAUUAUAGCUAGAAGAUUCACAGCUUUUGUUCCCCUUGUAGAUCACAGUAAAUAAAUGUGUCCUGAGAAGAUACACAUGAACAAAUUACUUACGCUAUUGAACAGAUAGGUGAGUAGGUCAGAUGAAAUGACCUCAAAUUUUGAGCUGAGAAAACAUCCCAGAAAUCUGAGGAAGUGUGCAUACAUUUGCCCAUAUAUAAUCUUUUAAAAAAAAAAAAAAAAAAAUUUUUUUUUUUUUUUAAUCUUUUAUAGCCUUAGGGUUCCAUGCAGUCUUACCCCCUGGUUUUAGGAUUUGGGGUUUCUAGGUUUUCUUUUAUACCAGAAUUUAGGACAUCAGAGCACUCCCUAAAUCAUGUUUGUCUAAUAAAGUCUAUGGCAGCAACUUUUAAAACUUUUUGCCAUAAUCCACAGUAAAAAAAAAAAUAUGUAUAUACAUAUAACAUGACUCUUUAACAUAAGUACAUAUUUAUAUAAAAGUUUUCAAGACAGUGCACUGUUAGUAGGUGCAGAAUAUUUCCAGUACAGUAGUGUCCCCUUAUCCGCAGUUUCAGUUCCCCAUAGUCAACUGUGGUCUGAAAAUGUGAAAUUAAUAGCAUGAUGAAAUCUCGUACCAUCCCACCUGGGAACCGCAUUCACAUAACUUUUAUUACAAUAUAUUCUUAUAAUUAUUCUAUUUUAUUAUUACUAUUGUUAAUCUCUUACUGUGCCUAAUUUAUAAAUUCAACUUCAUCAUAGGUAUGUAUAUAUAGGACAAAACAGUGUAUAUAGGGUUUGGUACUCUCUGCAGUUUCAGGCAUCCACGGGGAAUCUUGGAAUGUAUCCCCUGCGAAUAAGGGGGGAACUACUGUAUUUUCUACUGUAUUUCAUUUUGAAAGUGCUGGUUUUGACCCACUGAAAUGACUUUUAU